UAAACCCGACGCAGUUUAAAGCAUUUAAUAAAAUGGAUUCUCUAGUUGGAAACGUCAAAAGCAAACACAUGGAAAUCGGAUCACCCAUUCUAAAAUCCAUCGAUCCCAACAUAAACACCUACAAAACCAACGAGCAGAAACGCGAUUACCAACGACACAACGUCCAAGAAGGUUUACUAUCGUUAAACCUAGACGACAUAGAAGACGAAUCGAGGAGCAUUCUACUACUAGACGAUCAAGAAAACCUUCGGGUACAUUCCGAAGACGGGUUCCUCAAAGCCCUAAACAUAAAACCAAACGAAAAAGUGAAAGUAAUCGCCAUAUUCGGCAACACCGGCGAAGGCAAAUCGUACACGUUAAACAAACUCUUCUUCGACGGCGAAGAAUGCUUCAAAACGUCUUCCUCGCAGACCUCCUGCACCCUAGGCGUGUGGGCCAUGUACAAUCCCAAACACAACGUAAUCUGCCUGGACACCGAAGGCUUCCUGGGCAUAUCGAAACGGGAAAACCAACGCACCAGGCUCUUGCUCAAAGUGAUGGCGGUUUCGGAUAUAAUCAUCUACCGAACGCGGGCCGAACGCCUGCAAAGGGACAUGUACAGCUUCCUCGGAUCGGCCUCCGCUGUUUACAAGGAACACUUCAGUUCGGCCUUGAAGAAGGUGUUCGUCAGCAAAGAGGCCGAAGCUUUCUCCGGCGCCAUCGGCCCGGGCGUUGUGAUUUUUCACGAAACGCGGCAUACGGAGACGUUGAACGAAAGCGCGAACGUGACGCAAUCGGCCGAAGACAUCCUGCGGGCGACGUUCGGCGAUUUGAAUCUAUCGUACGAUGCAUUUAGUUUUUUGAAAUAUGUGGGCGUGAAGUCGGCCCGAAGCGAGACGUGUUUCGAUACGCUUCGAGAAGCCCUGCUGGAUAAAUUGGAGAGCACCGAAGUGAGGACGAAGCGGGACGCGAAAUACGUUUACUUGACGUUAAAAAGUUUGAACGAGAAGUUUCACAAUCAGCUGUCGAACAAUACGCAUCAACUGUAUCUACCGGCUUUUUUUACUUGCACGGAAAAGUGCCAGUCGUGCAAGAGCAAUUGCAAUCUCUCGAUGGGCCACAAGGACGAGGGCGAGGCGCAUCAGAGCACGCAGAAUUGCACCUUCCAAUAUCAGUAUCAGAAUUUCGUCUACUUGUGUAAAUCGUGCUACAAGAACGGCCAACGGACGGUGGUGAAGCCGAAAGCGGUGCCCGACAGCUCUUGGUCGAGUUACCUCAACUACAUUUGGGCAGGCUACGUGAUCGAAUGUCCGAAAUGCGGCGAAAUUUACAGGAGCAGGCAGAGCUGGUACGGCAAUAAGAAUCCCGAGGAAUCGGCCGUUUACAUGGAAGUGGUGCACAUUUGGCCGGGAGACAAAACGUACUUUCAGGAUCGCUCGUUGUUCGGUUCGCAAAAUUCCGCCCAGAAGGUCCUCGACGGCGUCACCAUGAUCACCGACGUCAUAUCGACGGUCGGCUAUCAACCCAAAAAGAUGAUCAGCGAUUGGGCGACCGACAAAAUCGCACCGGCUUAUUGGCGGCCCAACAACGAGAUAAAGGAGUGUUUCAAAUGCAAAUCGCCGUUCCUGGCGCACGCGAAGAAGCACCAUUGCCGGUCGUGCGGCGAGGGUUUCUGCGAGGAGUGCUCGUCGAAGAGACAGCCGGUGCCGGCCCGAGGGUGGCUCGAGGACGUGCGCGUCUGCGACAAUUGCUACACGGCGCAGCCGCCGACGUUGUCGAACGCGGCCGACGCGGCGGAGAAUCGGUCGCGAUUGAUCGCCGAAACCGUCGGCAGCACCAUGUCGGCGGUCAAAUCCGUCCUCGAUAUGCCCGUCGAGUACAUCAAGGACUUUGCGAGACCGACGUAUUGGACGCCCGACGGCGAGUGCGUCCAUUGCUCGGUGUGUAAGAAUCCAUUCGGGCCGUUGAGGGCUCUGCAUCAUUGUAGAGAAUGCGGUAAAGGAGUGUGCGACGAUUGUUCGGGAUCGAGGAAGCCGGUGCCGCUUAGGGGAUGGCCUAGUCCGGUGAGAGUGUGCAAUCAUUGUCGAUGA